UAUUUGACCCCGCACAGGUUUGCAAAACCCGGAAAAAGGAGCAGCGAACUUCGGCUCUGUUGAAGGGAGUGUUUACAAAGACACCCGUGUCGCUCGGGAGCGUUCUACUCGACCCGAAACGUCUUUGUAUUCCUCUUUGGUGAGAUAAACAAACAAGCGAAGCCUCGACGUGUCACACCGAGUGGUUCUGAGUCAGCAGUCGUCACUUCGGGCAGUUCUCCAAAACGAAAGUAAAAAGUGUCGAGGACGGGCAGAAUGGAAAUGGACGAGGACGAGGAGCCUUUACCCAUGAAGCAGGAGCUGACCUGCCCCGUGUGCCAGGACGUCUUCCGGGACCCGGUCCUGCUGCCCUGCAGCCACAGCUUCUGCCGGAAAUGUCUUCAAACGUCUAUGCAGGUGAAGCGCCGUUGUCCGCUGUGCCGUGAGAAGCUGACGGAGGGACAGGCCAUCUCCAACCGGGUGCUCAGCGACGCUUGUGACGUCUUCCAGCGAGAGGCCGGCUGGCUGCGGAGCCAGCAGCGGCCCGGAGAGGACAUCUGCCGGAUCCACCUGAAGCCGCUGGAGCUGUACUGCGAGAAGGACGAGGAGCCGGUGUGCGUGGGCUGCUUCUCCCAGCACAACACACACAGGCUGUGGUCUCUGAAAGAGGGAGCUCCGCUGUGUAAGAAGGAGCUCAGUUACAGAGUGGACAUUUUUGAAAAGAAAAGGGAUUCGCACAGGAAGAUGAAUCUCCUUCUCAACGACACAGUGGAGCACAUCAAGUUUCAAGCUGGGCAGGCGGAGAAACACAUCAAGGCAGAGUUUGAGAGGCUCCAGGAAGCACUUCGCACGGAGGAAGCCCGGCGUCUUCAAGCCCUCGCUACUGAGGAGGAGCAGAAGAUUGCUGCCAUAAAGGAGCUGAUUGACAAGACAAACUACGAAGUCGUCGCUCUGAAAAAGCUCAUCGAUACUUUGAAGACGGAAAUGGGCAACGAGGAUCUUAAACUCUUGCAGAAUUUCAAGAAGUUGAAGAAAAAAGCCCAUUGGCCUCAUGAAGACCCUUGCCUCCCUGAUGACUCUCUUUUGAACAUGGGCAGUCAUGUUGGGGAUUUGAGCUUCAAAAUCUGGAAGGUUAUGCAAACCCAUGUCAACCACUAUCCAGUGGUGCUGAACCCCAACACAGCUAAUCCAUGGCUGUCGGUGAGCGCUGACAUGACCAGCGUGAAGGAAAGCUCAGAGCGGCUGACUGUCCCGGAAAACCCGGAACGCUUCGACCCCUGUAUCUUUGUCCUGGGAGCUGAAGGUUACACCUCCGGGAAACGCAGAUGGGAUGUUGUCGUCGGUGACAGCCCUAAAUGGAUUGUGGGAGUGUGCCAAGAAUCGGUGGUCCGCAAAAAGAAGUUCACGUUGUCUACGAGCCGUGGUGUGUGGUCUAUAAGCCUCAGCAAAGGGGUGUACAGUGCCCUCACACCUGAGCGUACAGAGUUGCAGCUGCAGCAGCGUCCAAAGAGGAUUCGCAUCAAGCUAAACAUAGAUAAGGGGGAUGUGUCAUUUUGGGAUGGGGAAACUCAACAGCAUCUCAUCAGUUUUACACACAAUUUUAAAGAGAAGAUUUUUCCUAUUUUUGGCCCAGGGCUCCAUAGUGAGCCUAUGACUCUAGUGCAAGGAAAAAUUGCCGUGCACACUUCAUAAUGGGUUAUGAUACGGCAGAGGGAUGAAAUGUUUCACUUUUACCUGUAGAACGGAAAAUAAGAUAUUGAAAAAUUAUUAGAAAGUGUAAUGUGCACUAAUAUUUAAUUGAUAGAGAAAAAACUACAUAAUUUAAAAGCUUCACAAGCAAAGACUGUGGUAAAGAGAUGACGCUGACUUUUUGGCAUCAGGGACUAAAGUCUAAAUAAACAUCUCAAAACUAAGUCAGGCAUGUAGCUUCAAAGAUAAUAUGGAAAAAACAUAGGCAGUGAGUAAAGACAGUCUCUGAUAUAAACUUUCUAAAGCGCUGCAGCUGCAUGACAGUGCAUAGAAACUGAGAUGUGAUAAAUCAUGUGGGUCAGUAAGGGAGGAUUAAGCCCAUUUAUAGAAAAGGAAUGUGCGUUAGCUGAAGGAAGCAGCGUUAAAUCAUCUUUUGACACUUUACUCUAGAGAGCUUGAGCGAAUUAAAAAGUGAUGGCGGAAGCUGCUGAUCAAUACUGAUACCAGCUCUCAAUAUCAACAAAUAUUUGUGAAUGCUUGUCUACGCUUGUCUUUGAUUAUCAAGCACUGUCAUAUUAGGCACACACUCGAGGGGACAUUAUAGUGGUGGUUAUUUAUAGAUGCAUACAUUUGAUUUUAAUUCUUGUCUUUAUGCUCUGGAAUAUGUGCUUUUACUCAUCGCUCUCCUACCUUUAUAUGCUUUUGUUGAUUAGCCUAGAAUAUUGUGAUAAUCUUUGGGCUUGUUGGUUUUUCGAUAAUCAUAUUGAUUCGCUUUUUUAUCACUCACCACAGCGUGGCCAGGGAGUAGUCACGUCUUGGACAGUACUGAAGGAUGAUAAACUACUUCGACUGCUCUGAAUCUGCAUGUGCAGAAAUCUGUCUCCAUAUUGACACUUGUUCAAUAAAAUAUGAUUCAAAUAAAA